AUGUCCCACGACCACGCCGGUGUCUCGCUCCAGGUCACUGUGUACUUGGAGCCAAAAGACGUCCCCACCUUCCUUGAUGCCCUCUGGAGCGUAUACGAGAAGAUCCUCGAGGAGGAAAACUGCACCUUGUUUGAAAUCCACCAGUCCAUCGAGGACAAGGGGCAGAUUCUGAUGUUUAAGAAUUGGUCUGCAUCAAGGGAGUGGGUGACUGAGGUCGGAAUGACACGGCCGUAUCUCGAAGAGUAUCAUGCGAAGACCGAGCCUCUCUUUAUCAGGCCGAAGCAGGUAGUGAUUCAGGAGCGUCUGGGUGGGAAGUUUAGUGUUGUCAAGAAGAGCAAUGGGCAGAUUCGGCCUGGUGGUGGUGAUGGGGGUCACGAUGAUGGAAGAACUAAUUGA